AUGGGCCCAUUCCCUAACACAUUGGGAACCUUUCCAAGCUCACCUCCCCUUGACUUGCAAUACAAUAACUUUUCGGGGAAUAUGCCAUCCGAAAUUUGCUUAUUGAAAGGUCUUGAGUUGAUUUCCUUGGCAAGUAAUGAGAUCAGUGGUUCCAUUCCAUUAGAGAUAGGGAGGCUGAGUUCAGUUUCCGAGAUUUAUUUCUUUGAUAACUAUCUACGUGGUUCUAUCCCUGCUUCCGUAGGAAACUUGACCUACUUAUCUGUUCUCCACCUCUAUCAAAAUAUGUUUUGUGGAUCGAUACCUCGAGAAAUAGGGAUGCUUAAAUCUCUCACUGACUUUGAGUUGAUUCAUAAUAAUUUCUCUGGUUCAAUUCCUGCUUCCAUAAGAAACUUGACCAGUUUAUCCACUCUCCACCUUCACCAUAAUAUGUUUUCUGGGUCGAUACCUCAAGAGAUAGGGAUGCUUAAAUCUCUCACUGACUUUGAGUUUAGUCAUAAUAAUUUCUCUGGUUCAGUCCCUGCUUCCAUAAGAAACUUGACCAGUUUAUCCAGUCUCCACCUUCAUCAUAAUAUGUUUUCUGGGUCGUUACCUCAAGAGAUAAGGAUGCUUAAAUCUCUCACUGACUUUGAGUUGAGCCAAAAUAAUUUCUCUGGAAGCAUGUCGAAGCUUAUGAUGAUAUAUCUUCACCAUAAUCAUUUAUCAGGGCCAAUUCCUUCAGCGCUUGGCAAUCUCACUCAUUUGCAAUCAUUACAAUUAGGAGAUAACCAUCUUAGUGGUCCAUUACCCAAAAAUUUAUGCAGGGAUGGACAACUCGCAAAUCUUUCGGCUUUCAACAACAAUUUGACGGGAAAUAUAUCAGAAGCUUUCGGUACAUAUCCUAGUUUGAAUUAUAUUGCAUUAAGCAACAACAAAUUUUAUGGCGAACUUUCGCCAAAUUGGGGGCAAUGCCAUAGUCUAACAAGCCUACGGAUCUCCAAUAAUAACAUUUCUGGAAAGAUACCACCUGAGCUGAAGCAUGCAACUCAAUUGCACGAACUCGAUGUCUCUUCAAAUCAUCUCAUUGGUGAGAUUCCCAAGGAAUUGAGAGCAUUGACAUUGAUGUACAAACUUUUGCUAAGUGGUAACCAACUUUCAGGCAAAAUUUCACCAGAGAUUGGAGUUCUUUCAAAUCUAGAAUAUCUUAACUUGGCAUCAAACAAUUUGAGUGGACCGAUUCCUAAUCAACUUGGAGAGUGCUCAAAGUUAUUGGACCUGAAUUUGAGCAAGAAUAAACUUGGAGAAAGCAUUCCAUUUUCAGUAAGCUACAUAAAUGGCCUUCAAAAUCUAGAUUUAAGUUGGAAUUUACUUAUUGGGGAGAUACCACAGGAACUUGCAAAAUUACAUUCCUUGGAAAUAUUGGACCUUUCUCACAAUAUGCUCAAUGGUUGCAUCCCAAAUUCUUUUAAUGAUUUGAAAAGCUUGACUGUUGUGAAUAUAUCUUACAAUCAAUUAGAAGGCCCUAUUCCUAACAUUAAGCAACGGUCAUAG